CCUCGUCCCGCCUCGCGCCGGCGUCACCCAUCAUUCGCAGGCCGCGUCACGCCCCCUGCGCGCCGGCUCUCACUUCCGGGCUCGGGCGCCGGCGUGACGUCAGAGGAGGGCAGCAUCCCGAGAAGUUGGUCCUGGGGUUCCCUCUUCCCGAGGAGCAGACGGACCGACAGAUAGACAGACAGACAAGGAAGCUGGGACGAGUGCCUGUGACGGUGGGGCUGGGCUUUGAGCCCAGGACGGGACCCCUCGAAGACACCACAGCACUACUCCACCGUCCCUGGAGCUUCCCCUGGUGCCGAGCUUCCAGGGUCCUCCCAUGUGGUGCUGGGGGUUGGAACAGAGCCGGGCGGCCAGGGAGGAGGCCAGCCCCGCAUCAGGGGACCCUCAGGAGCCGGGGGAAGCUCAUCAGAGCCCCAGUGCCCCACCACACUGAGAGCCUGAGGCCCACCUCCAGGGCCCCUGGGAGGCGACCACCCUCUUGGGGGGAGGCGUCUCCUUGUCUCUGCGUGGAGGCCGGUGCUUCUAGGCAGCUGUCAAGAUGGGGGAAAGAAAAGGUGUGAGCAAGUACUACCCCCCGGACUUCAACCCUGAGAAGCAUGGCUCCCUCAAUCGCUACCACCACAGCCACCCGCUCCGGGAACGUGCCCGCAAGCUGGCCCAGGGCAUCCUCGUCAUCAGGUUUGAGAUGCCCUAUAACAUCUGGUGUGAUGGCUGCAAAAACCACAUCGGAAUGGGCGUGCGUUACAAUGCGGAGAAGAAGAAAGUGGGGAGCUACUACAGCACCCCGAUUUACAGGUUCCGGAUGAAGUGUCACCUGUGCGUGAACUACAUCGAGAUGCAGACAGACCCGGCCAGCUGCGACUACGUGAUUGUGAGUGGGGCGCGGCGGAAGGAGGAGCGCUGGGACCCCGAGGACAAUGCCCAGGUGCAGGCCACAGAACACGAGACGAAGCAGAAGCUGGAGACAGACGCCAUGUUCCGCCUGGAGCACGGAGAGGCCGACCGGCACUCCCUCCACCAGGCCCUGCCCUCGCUCAGCCGCCUGCAGGAAGCCCAGGGCGCCUGGAAGGACGACUUUGCACUCAACAGUCUGCUUCGAAAGCGAUUCCGGGAGAAGAAGAAGGCCAUGCAAGAGCAGGAGGAGCGCACCCAGGCCCUGCAGGCCAAGGCCAGCCUGGACAUCCCGCUGCUGCCCGAGGCCGAGGAGGACCGGCGCCUGGCGGCGCUGCUCACUCUGCACGCGCCCGACUCCUACGAGGACCGGCAGAGACUCAAGAGGACUGAAAUCAGCACCCGACCCUGGUUCCCCACCGCCUCGGGCACCCCCAGCACCCCGGGGUGCGCCCCCCGCAGGCUGGCCCCGCCCCGCCGGCCCCCCGCCACCCCCAUCAGCCCCGGCGACCUGGGCAUCGUCAGGCGGAGGAGCCCCCAGCCCCCCACCCCCGCCGAGGGGGUCCCCCAACCCCAGGGCCAGUCCGAGGGCGACUCCCGAGAAUGCUGUUUGCCUGAGAACCCCCAGACCAGUCGGCCUGAGGAAGCAGAGGACAUGGGGGGCUCCCCCGACAGCCCGGGGUCCCCCCAAGACUCAGGGCAUCCUAGCUGCCUCAGCCUCGGGUCCUCGCUCGUGGCGGACUAUUCAGACUCGGAGAGCGACUGAGCACGGACAGGGUGCUGGGACCGGUGGCUGAGCCCCCUGCACCCCUGGGAGUGGGUCCCCCACAGCCCACCAGCCCAGGGGAGCCCCUGCGCCCCGACCUCACCCGCCCACAGCCAUGAUAGACUUUUAUUUAUUGAGGUCCCCGAGAGGGGGGGGUGCCUUGGUUGGGGGGAGAGACACCCCGACAUUAAAGGCCUGUGUCUUUGG